UUGGGCUGGAGAGCAUGGGUGUUUCUCAACUUUAUGGUCUCAGGUUCUUGCUGCCUGGUCACGGUUCACCAGCCCCCUGUGAUCACCGCUGCUCUGGGUCAUGAUGUCAUCAUGCCGUGCCAGCUCAGCCUCUCCCCCGAUGAGACGUUGGUGACUGCGGUUCUGUACUGGGUGACACAGGACGCUGAGGAGCACAAACUGUGGAAACCUUCUGAGAUCUAUGAGGGACGUGUACAACUCCUUGACGAAAACCCAAAGUCCUUAAACAAGUCCAUAAUUCUCAAAAAGGUCCAGUGGGCAGAUAACAGGAAGUACUGUUGCAAACUCUCCAUCACCACAGAGACGACCAAAAGUUUCAGGAGUAUAGGAAACAAGACCUUAUUGACGAUUUACGACGCCAUGACCUUUAACCUCACCGCCCACAACGACUCUCUGCUCCGCUGUGAAAUAAACGUGACACAGGAUUCUGGAUUCGUUUUGUCCAUUGUUAAGAACGGAUCCAAAACACAAUCUGUCGACUCGGCUCCGGGAGUCCCUGCAGUGGCUCGGCCCUACGUCACCCUCUCUGUGACCAUCUCCCUCAGGGGCGGAGGAAAAUACGAGUGUCAGCUGCACCUGAAUAAAGACCUGAUAACGAAAAGCAUCUUCCACCUGCCUGGUAAUGAUCCAGAAUCAGAAUCAGAAUCAGAAGGUGUGGUGGAGUAUCCAGAGCCGUGGGUCCUGUACGCGGCUCUCCUGCUGGUUCCUGUCCCCUUCCUGCUGGUUCUGGUACCUGCCCUGCUGUGCAGAUCCUGAGUCUUUGUCAACAUCUGGUUGAAAAUGGAGAAGCAGCAGUGAAAAGGAGACAUUUCAGGAAGAUACUGCAAAUGCAUUCAAGGAGGACAAAAUUACAAAUUGUGUAUUCAAGGUGUGCAGUGGAAUAAUCUACAUCUAUGAGGUUAGUUAGGGGCGAUUUAAAGAUAUGAUAUUAGAGACUAAUUCACAACCUUCAUCAGAAAUGUACAUGUAUACCUCUGGUUCUGUUUUCUCUUUAUCGUCUUUUUUUCCACAGUCUGCUCUGCUCCUUUUUUUAUUUAAACUAGUGCAGCACUGUCACGUCAAGCCAGAGAGAGACUUUGAAUGGUGUCAUCAGAACUUCACCUCCUCUGGUGGUGGUAAAGUAGUGAUGAUACUUUAUCUCCCUCUAGUGGUGAACAAGAGCAGCUGCACAAAACCACUGAGCGUGCCCACAUCCCAUCCCCCACAAUACAAAAGAUUUUAAAGGAGGCAUUUCCUGUUUUUCAGUUUCUCUUUCGUUCUGUGUGUUGUAGGUUAAUGUAAAAUCUCUGCAAGGUUAAAAAGCCCGAUGUCCUUUGUAAUCAGAGCUCCUCUCCACCUCAGACAAAAAUGAAGCUCACAAGAUGUGUUUAAAUGUGUGAAUGCAGAAAUAAGUUUCCCCUUAAUGUGUCUUGAAUGGAUGAUUCUUGUCCCCGGUGGUGUGGCUGCAUGUGACUGAAGU